AGUUACUUCCUGUGCUUCACCGCCUGGCUCCUCCUACCCACUACUGUUACUAUACGCUCCGAGCGAGUGUAAUUUAGGCAUUGACUGGUUAUGAAACAUGAAUUAAUCUAUAUAAAGCCAGUUACGUUUGAAAGAACAACGCUAAACCAGUCUGUUUGAUGUGUUAGCGGGACGAAGGAUACCCUGCGCUGUCAGUUGGUGUCCAUGCCUUCGUCGCCCCUCCCUAUCCUUUCCCUCCUGGUUGCCUGGAUCCACUGUCUCCCCGGCAAUAACCACAGUACCAACAGCACCCAUCACCAUGACUACUGUGUGUUGGGGGCAGGACCAGCAGGGUUACAGAUGGGAUACUUCCUGUCCAAGAGCCAGCGGGAUUACAUUAUCCUGGAGAGGAAUUCAGGACCAGGGAGCUUUUUCAACAUUUACCCUCGACACAGAAAGCUUAUCAGCAUCAACAAGAUCUAUACGGGAAGGCGGAACCGGGAGUUCAACCUACGACACGAUUGGAACUCCUUGCUGAGCGACAGGCCGGACCUGCUGCUCCAGCGAAUCAGCACACAGAUGUACCCUGAGGCAGACGCCCUCCCACGCUAUCUCUCCCUGUACUCCAGGGAGCUGGGGCUGAAGGUGCGGUAUGGAGUGGACAUUGGGAGGGUAAGCGCCUCAAACCUGAGGACCCCUGGGGGGAGGAGCUAUACACUGAUUGACCAGCAGAGAACGGAGUACAGCUGCAGAGUCCUUUUGGUUUCCACCGGUCUCUGGGUACCCCAGCAGGUCCAGUUUGUCGGGUCUGAGCUGGUGGAAGGUUACGAGUCGGUGCCUGUGGAUCCAGAGCAGUACCGGAACCAGGCGGUUCUGAUUCUGGGCAAGGGGAACUCUGCUUUUGAAACGGCUCAGAACAUCCUGGGCCAUGCCAGCUCGGUGCACCUCUACAGCCCGAACCCGGUCCGGCUGGCCUGGCAGACACACUACGUGGGAGACCUCAGGGCAGUAAACAAUGAGUUAUUGGACACUUACCAGCUGAAGUCUUUGGACGGCCUUGCGGACGGAGGUCUUGAAGAAAUCGCCAUCGUCAAAGAUGGAGGUGCAGACAGGAAGCGCAAAGGCAGGGCAGGAAAGGGGCGGGACACAGGCAAGGGGGGGCGUGGCCAGCUGUACUUCACCUUGGCUGAGCUCCUGGAUAGGCCCAUGGGCAACAAGACUUCAGAUCCAGUCUCCAUAUCCAGUUACCAUGAUAACUUUCCUUUCCGGCUGCCAUAUGACCGCGUCAUCCGCUGCCUCGGGUUCCGAUUCAACUUCUCCAUCUUCGACAGCUCUGCCAGACCAUCGCCCAGUGCUGAAGCCAGGGGACGGUUGCCGAGGGUGACAGCAUGGUACGAAGGGAAGGGCACCCCAGGCCUGUUUGUGCUGGGGACCGCAGCACAUUCCCGGGACUACCGCUCAUCUGCUGGGGGUUUCAUUCAUGGAUUCCGCUACACAGUACGUGCUGUGCAUCGAGUGCUGGAGCAGCGCUACCAUGGUAAUGCUUGGCCAUUGACAUCGCUCCCGAACAAUCAGCUCAUUUCCUGGCUGCUGAGGAGGGUCAAUGAAGCCUCUGGACCAUACCAAAUGUUCCGAGUGCUGGGGGAUAUUGUGUUACUGCGAGGCUCUCACUGUGAGUACCUGGAGGAGUUCCCCCUCCAAGCUCUGCCCAAGCUCCCAACCCUGUCAGGCCACCAGGUCACCAAGUCGGGCCUGCUGGUUUUGGUCAUGGAGUAUGGGCUGAACAACACCGACACACUGGGCGCCGGGCGUUCCCAGACAGAGUGGACCCAGGGCUGGAGGUCCAGAUUCCUCCACCCGGUCCUGUACUUCUACAGUAAGCUGCCCACAGAGCGUGAUAUGAGACAGCGGCCUGCUGGGUGGCCCCUACCCCGCCCCAAAGCCGUACACCACAUAAUCGAGGACUUCUUGACCAAGUGGGACGCACCCAUAUCCCACAUCCAACCGCUACGUCGCUUUCUAGAGCACUGCCUCCAGACGGACCUCAGAGCCUUCUAUGCAGAAUCCUGUUUCCGUUUCUCCCUAACAAAUCGAAGGCCACCCACCUUCUGUUACCAAGCAUACCUGAAGAAACAAGGGCUCAUAGGCAACAGUCAGCUGUGGCAGCAUGCACGGGACGCGGGGCUCAUGGCCACCAAUCAUAACUCUUGGACUGCUCCAGAGAACACGCCCCUCCCUGAUCACGAGUCGCCCCCGAGCUUUUAAUGGCUUCAGGAAGUAACGUGGACCUCUGAUUACAAAACUCAUGACUCCUAGUUGAAAGACUGUCACAGCGAAAAUUCAGUGGGGAUUAACUGACGUGUAUGUUGUCUUCAUGCCUUGGCCCAUUUUCUGCCUGCAUCGCACUUUACACAACAGAAAUAUCAGUGGACCUGUGCAAAAGUUUAGCCCAGUAAGAAAACGGGCAUAUCUCAUCCCACAUUUUUGAGGCGGUAGAUUCACUGAACUGUAGUAACUUUAGUUCUGUGAGUAGGUGUGAGGAAGGUAGUUCUACAAUUGACUUGCCGUUAUUGACCUUCUCUUUCUCUUGGCCCAUAUGGGGUAUCUAACUCUAAUUCUGGAGGGACAUGGCGUCCGGAUUUUUGCAGUUUUCAAUAAAUAAGCUGGCACUUUAGGCCUUGGAAACAAGGUAUGAACCAUUUAAACUAUCAGUGACUUAAAUGAAUUAUUGGUGCUGAAAUGCACUAGAAACCAGCAGACAUUGUGACCCUCCAGGACUGGAAUCUGACACUUCUGCCUUAUGUUCACUCACUGGUUACUAAUGGUACUAAGAGGUAAGAUAUUGCGCUCGGAAAAGUAUGUCUAAUUUUCUUCCCUGUUCAUUCUGAAACCAACCAGCCAAUCUUCACCCUGUCUUGCGUGUCUCUUUUUUUUGGGGGGGGGGGGGGGGUGGUUUGGUUAACAAAGAAAAGUGAAAAUGUUUGUGUAUAUAUGUAGUAUAUGUAUAUGCAACAUAAAUUAUGCAGUGUUUUUUUUAUAUAUAUUUUUUGUGGUACAAUUGUCAUUUUGUAUUUGACUAUUUAUGCAAUAAACAAAUGAUUUUAAUAGCUAGUU